AUGGGUUCCCCGAGUGGAGCCCUCCGCCCCCGAGCAUCGUCAAACUUCAUGGGCAUCUCAGCAACAGGAUUCCCGCCAUCAAUGACGCCUCAGGAAAAGCACCUCUUCUCCGACCGCGUCAACUCGGCGACAACCCGCCUCUCGAGCACAAUGGCCGCCAGCGAAACCGACACCGGCUACAUGUUCGUCGUCUACUUCCACAAGAACACCGCCGCCGACGCCCUCUCCCUGCUACAGGCCGCUGACAUCCGAGUCAGGGGCCACCCGAUCCAGUUUUCCUGGCACUGA